CAACCGAAAACGAGGAGAGGAAGUCAGAGCAAUUUAAACAGUAGUCAGUCAUACGCUUUCCUCCCUACUUGUAACUUGCACGAUUCCGCUUUUCUCCAAUGCUGAAAUAUUUAAUUACUAUGCUCAUCUCUACCUGAUCUCCUCGCACUUUUGUUUCGUCCCUAGAUAGUUGAUUUCAACUUUGUUUAACGAUGCUAAGUGCAGCGAAGAUUGACAACAAGAGCGGAAUGAUGGCAAAAGUUCACACAAGGAUAAGAGCGGAUCCCUUCUCGGCCAAUUACGAGCUGGCUGGCAAAGAACUGGGCCGGGGAAAGUUUGCGGUGGUGAAGAAGUGCACGGAGAAGUCGACGGGCAAGCAGUACGCCGCCAAGUUCCUGCGCAAGCGGCGGAAGGGUCAGGACUGCCGCGUGGACAUCCUCAACGAGAUCGCCGUGCUGGAGCUGGCCAAGUGCAACCCGUACGUUGUGGCCCUUCAUGAGGUCUACGAGACGGCUACCGAGAUCGUCCUGGUGCUUGAAUGUGCCGGCGGUGGCGAGAUCUUCGACCAGUGCGUCGCCGACAACGACGACGCAUUCACAGAGAAAGACGUCAUCCGGUUGGCCCGACAGAUUCUGAUGGGGGUGGCUUUCCUGCAUUGCAACAAUGUUGUGCAUCUUGAUCUGAAGCCACAGAACAUCCUGCUGACCAGCGCGAGGCCCCUGGGUGACAUCCGCAUCGUGGAUUUCGGCCUGUCCAGACACAUGGACAGCAUCAGCGAGGUCCGGGAGAUUCUGGGUACUCCGGAGUAUGUCGCACCAGAGAUUCUGAGCUAUGAACCCAUCAGCACUGCGACGGACAUGUGGAGCAUCGGGGUACUGACCUACGUGAUGCUGACUGGCGAGUCGCCCUUCCUGGGCGAUCACAAGCAGGAGACGUUCCUCAACAUCUCACAAGUCAGCGUCGAGUACUCGCACGAUACCUUCCAGGACAUCUCGCCGCUGGCCGUCGACUUCAUCAAGUCGCUGUUGGUGAAAAACCCCAGGAAGAGAGCCACGGCGGAAGAAUGCCUGAGCCACCCUUGGCUCAAACCCCACCCCCUCGUGCACCACCACCUCCACGCCACGCGGUCCUCCUCAUCCUUGGACGAACCCGACGCCGGCGACACCAGCCAGUCCGAGGAAUCCGAGCCCGAGAGCCCGGCGCCGUCCCCGGAGCUGGGCCUGAUGGACUCGUACCUAACGUGCCCGUGUCAGGGCGAGUUGAAGACGGGCUGCGGCUCCUUCAGCUUCGCCGAGCCGCCCUUCGCCCCUCGGCCCGAAAUACAGCAGGAGCUCAUCUGCUGAAGGACAGACGGACAGACAGACUCACUCCCUCUUUCAAGACGCCUGUGUAGAUUGACUCGGAGGAAACGACGAGGACGAAGAAGACUGGUUCCUCGUUUUAAACCGGAUUAGCCUUCCAAACACAGUUUUGGUCACAAGAGGUGUCCAAACUUAGUUCUGGACGUCUCAACAGUCUACAAUGAGUUUUUUUUUUUGGGGGGUGAAGGA